CGGAGGCUCCACUGUUGGUUGGGGCGCAGGCCAGCGGGGUGGCUUUGUGCGCAGGUGGAGCUGGAGGGGGCAGCCCGAGCGACCUGGGCAGGGGCCGAGGAGCAGGCGUCCGGGGAGGCGGGAGGCGGUAAACAUCUGUUGGAGCCUGCCGGUUUGCUGAGAGCGGAGUGGUUGUGUGUGUGUCUGUGUCUGUGUGUGUGUGUGUGUGUGUGUGUGUGUGUGUCAGGAGUUCCAGCAAGGCUGGGCCUCUGGGUCUUUUCUGUGUGUGUGUGUGUGUGAGGAGUUCCAGCAAGGCUGGGCCUCUGGGUCUUUUCUGUGUGUGUGUGUGUGUGUGUGUGUGUGUGUGUGUGUGUGUGUCAGGAGUUCCAGCAAGGCUGGGCCUCUGGGUCUGACCCGAACUGCUCCUCCAACUCCACGGGGGCCCCCGGACGGACCAGGCCCCGGGUGGGGUGGGGGCACGCACUGGAUAAAACAGUGCAGGGUGGGUGGGUGCUGUUCAGAGGGACCAGGGGUGCGGGAGGCCCCGAAUGUGACUGGGCACUGAGGUGCGUCACAGAAGAGGGGAGUCUGAAUCUGGGUCUUGAAGGACGAGUAGGAGUUCUCCGUGUGAGGAGGGGUAGCAGUCAUUCCAGGCAGAGGCGGGAAGUGUGAAACUGAAAGAACCUGCCAGGUUUCUGGGAGAGCAGCUGGAACAUGACUUCAUGGCGGCCGAGGAGAUGCACUGGCCCGUCCCCAUGAAGGCCAUUGGUGCCCAGAACUUGCUGACCAUGCCUGGGGGUGUGGCCAAGGCUGGCUACCUGCACAAGAAGGGCGGCACCCAGCUGCAGCUGCUCAAAUGGCCCCUGCGCUUCGUCAUCAUCCACAAGCGCUGCAUCUACUACUUCAAGAGCAGCACGUCCGCCUCCCCUCAGGGCGCCUUCUCGCUGAGUGGCUACAACCGGGUGAUGCGGGCAGCUGAGGAGACGACGUCCAGCAACGUCUUCCCCUUCAAGAUCGUCCACAUCAGCAAGAAGCACCGCACGUGGUUCUUCUCUGCCUCCUCUGAGGAUGAGCGCAAGAGCUGGAUGGCCUUGCUGCGCAGGGAGAUUGGCCACUUCCAUGAGAAGAAAGAGCUGCCUCUGGAUGCCAGUGACUCCAGCUCCGACACAGACAGCUUCUACGGUGCGAUCGAGCGGCCCGUGGACAUCAGCCUCUCUCCGUACCCCACUGACAAUGAAGACUACGAGCACGACGAUGAGGACGACUCAUACAUGGAGCCCGACUGCCUGGAGUCCGGGAAGCCCGAGGAUGCCCUGAUCCACCCACCGGCCUACCCUCCACCUCCGGUGCCCACGCCCAGGAAGCCCGUUUUCUCUGAUGUGCCCCGGGCCCACUCCUUUCUCUCCAAGGGUCCAGGCCCUCUGCUGCCACCCGCACCCCCUAAGCGCAGCCUCCCCGAUGCCGGCCCGGCCCCCGAGGACUCCAGGAGGGAGCUGUUGGGCCCAAGGCGGCUCGAGCCCGGCCCCAGGGUGCCCGCCCCCUCCCGGAGGGUGAGUGAUCCCCCACUGGGCGGCCUGCCUGCCGUGCCCAGCCGGAAGCCACCUUGCUUCCAUGAGGACACCAGCCCCGGCCUAGAGCCCCGGGUCCCUGGCCACGGCGCUAGCUCUCCCUCUAGCUCUGCCAGCGCAGCCGCUGCCACGUCCAGAAACUGUGACAAGCUCCGGUCCUUCCACCUGUCCCCUCGGGGGCCACCCACACCUGAGCCCCCUCCCGUGCCGGCCAACAAGCCCAAGCUCCUGAAGAUGGCUGAAGGCGCCCCCCUGAGGGAGGCAGCCAAGCCCGGACUCUUCGUGCCCGCCGUGGCCCCCCGGCCUCCCGCACUGAAGCUGCCCACGCCCGAGGCCACAGCCCGGCCCGCGAUCCUGCCCAGGACAGAAAAGCCGCCCCUCCUCCACCUCCAGCGAUCACCCCCCGACGGGCAGAGUUUCAGGAGCUUCUCCUUUGAAAAACCCCGGAAACACACGCAGGCGGACACACCGCAGGCGGACACUGGUGGGGAGGACUCGGACGAGGACUACGAGAAGGUGCCACUGCCCAGCUCAGUUUUCAUCAAUACCACGGAAUCUUGCGAAGUGGAAAGGCUGUUCAAAGCCACGAGCCCCCGGGGAGAGCCCCUGGAUGGCCUCUACUGCAUCCGGAACUCCUCCACCAAGUCGGGGAAGGUUCUGGUCGUGUGGGACGAAGCCUCCAGCAAAGUGAGGAACUACCGCAUCUUUGAGAAGGAGGCGAAGUUCUACCUGGAGGGCGAGGUCCUGUUUGUGAGCGUGGGCAGCCUGGUGGAACACUACCACGCUCGCGUGCUGCCAGGCCACCAGAGCCUGCUGCUGCGGCACCCCUGCGGUUACGCCAGGCCCAGGUGACGCCUGUGCUGCACGCUGCUGCGCAGAGACGGCCACGGGCCACAGCCCUGGGCCACGCGGGAGGACACGCGGGAGCCAGCACCGUGCCCUGACCCGGGGCCUCCCCGGUGGACACCUCACAGAGAUCACCAGGCCAGGCCCUGCCCAGCAGGCUGGGUCCCCGGGGCUCGGCCAGGCCCUGGGCUCCAGAGAAUUGUGUGGGGCUCUCCUGUCUCACCCUGCCCACCUCCCAGGAGCCCAGGACUGAGCCCAGCCUGGACUUGAUUUACAGAAAUUCUGGUCCCCCCCGCCACGCCUCCCCGGCACUGGGCUGGGAGCUGGGCAGGGCUGGGGUAUUUGGGGUGGGGGCAGGGGCUGGACCCCCCAGGAACGCUACAACGCAGGCUCCGUGAGGGGCUGGUGCCGUACAAUAAAGCACAGAUGACGUUUGC